CGCCUCCUCCGUCCUCUAUGCGCCGCUGGGAGAGCGCCGGCGCUCCCGCGAGCGAGCCGGCUGAUGCGCCGCUGACGGCUGGCGAGUGGGCACGCGUGCCCUCGGAAUGGUUUGCUGCCCGGCGCGACAUCUUCAGAGGGUAUGCCGCCCGGUUCGACCUUGCUUCCAUCACGAUGAAGGCCAUCGCCUGCCUGCUCACAGUCUACUCGGUGUACCUGCUCUACUGCGAGUCGUGCAAGGACGAGUACUACGCCUUUGCGCGCGCGCUGAUCGCCGCGCUCAGCGACGCGACUUUCGCCCAGCGCGGCUCCGUCUCCGCUGCGGCGCUGGUGCUCGCCGCAUCGGUGUGGCUGCUGACGGUGCUGUGGAUGAGGAGGAGGCCGGAGGUGCUGCUCGUCGACUUCAAGACGUACCGGCACGCCUCGGUCGGCGGCGACCCGCGCAACACCGCCGGUGAGCCAGUGGCGUACGACCGCUUCCUGGCCGAGAGCCGCGCGGCGCGCCACCUCGACGGGGGCGAGUGCUUCACGGCCAAGUCGCUGCAGUUCCAGGAGAAGAUCCUCCGCACCUCCUCCAUCUCGGAGCGCUCGCUCUUCCCGCCCUCCAUCUUCCGAGAGGAGGUCGGCCAGGACGCGGUGCUUGCGGAGCGCGACUCGCUCUGCAUGCGAGGCGCGAGAGAGGAGGCCGAGUGCAUGAUGUUCAACGCGGUGGAGCAGCUGCUCGAGGCGACGCAUGUGGCGCCGCACGAGGUCUCUAUCCUCGUCGUCAACUGCUCCCUCUUCUGCCCCACCCCCUCCCUCUCGGCCAUGCUCGUCAACCGCUUCGGCUUCCGCUCCGACAUGCCGACCCGCAAUAUCUCGGGCGGGAUGGGUUGCUCCGCGUCGCUCAUCGCCCUCGAUCUGGCCCGCAAGCUGCUGCGCUCCCCCGACCAACACAACGCGCUCGCGCUGGUUGUGUCGACAGAGAACAUCACGCAGAACUGGUACCGCGGGAACGACCGCACGAUGCUCCUCUCCAACUGCCUCUUUCGGUGCGGCGCAGCGGCUAUCCUCCUGUCCAACCGCCGCGCCGACCGGCGCCGCGCGCGCUUCCGGCUGCUGCACCUCGUGCGGACGCACCUGGGCAAGAAGGAUGACUGCUACCGCUCGGUCUUCCAGGAGGAGGACGAGGAGGGCGUGCGCGGUGUGCGCCUCUCCAAGCAGAUCAUGCAGAUCGCGGGCGACGCGCUGAAGGGCAACAUCACCACUCUGGGUCCGCUGGUCCUCCCCCUCUCGGAGCAGCUCUUCUUCCUCCUCAACGCGCUCGCGCGCAAGGCGCUCGGCAGGCGGCUGCCCCUGCCGCCGCCCCUGCGGCCGUACGUGCCCGACUUUACAAAGGCCUUCGAGUGGAUCUGCGUCCACACGGGAGGACGCGCCGUCAUCGACGCGAUCGAGUCCAACCUCGCGCUGCCGCCGCACUACCUCGAGCCGUCGCGUCUUUCGCUCUGGAAGUACGGCAACGUCUCCUCCGCCUCGAUUUGGUACGAGCUCGAGCUCGUCGCCGAGCACGGCAACACGUGCGGCGAGCACCGGCCCGACGGCACCCCCCCGCCCGGCGGCGCCGCGCGGCGGCUGCGCCGCGGCGACCGCGUGUGGCAGAUCGCGUUUGGAUCGGGCUUCAAGUGCAACUCGGCCGUGUGGCAGGCGUUGCGCCACCACUGAGGAAGUGCAUGCCCAUGCGCCAUUAGUGGCCCCCCCGAGCCGUCCUCACCCCUUUGGAGGCGGGGGCGGGGCCUCCGCCCGUCGAGCGCACACACCAUUAGAGGCUACGGCUGUGCAUGCACAUGCACAUGCACAUGUUGCACAUGCUACAUGUUGUACGGUGCUCUCGGUGGACCCCGGAGCGGACGCCCGGGAGCGGGACGGCCCCCGGCCCGGCGCACUCCCUCCAGUCUCCACGCUUAUAGAGCUCCAAGAGGAGUAAGGUUCGCGGAGGGUCCC